AUGUCAAGGAAAAAGGACGUCCAAAUUCAAAUUGAAAUAUCUUCUGAAGAACAAUGGGAGGAAGCAUUGUCAGGCCCAGGACUUCUUGUAAUAGAAGUCUACCAGAGAUGGUGUGGGCCAUGCAAGGCUGUGCAGAACAUCUUCAGAAAAUUGAGGAGUGAAUAUGGAGAUGAACUGUUGCGCUUCGCUAUGGGGGAGGCCAACAGUUUACUUGAGUUAAGUUCACUUAAAGGGAAAUGUCAACCAGUCUUCCUUUUCUACUCUGGUGGUACAUUGGUGUCAAUAGUAAGAGGAGUCAAUGGACCUCUUCUACAAAAAACUAUGUUGGAACUGGUGGAUCAAGAGAAGAAGAAGCAAGAACUGGGCUCAAAAUAUGUACCUGAAGCUUUAGAUGCUGGUUUUUCAAUUGUUGCGGAGGAGGAGAGGGUGUUGGAUGAAGAGCAGAUUCAUGAUUUUUAUAAGGAGAAAGCCAAAGAGCCAGCGUUUGUGAAGGCAAUGUCUAGCGGGCCUGUCCACGCCUUGAUUCUGUCUAAGGGAGACGAGGUGGGUGAAGGAGAGUCUCAUUCAUUGACAGCCAUCAUAGAUCCUGAACACGCUGAGCUCAUCCAACCAAAGAAAAGGUCAAAGGUUGUACAGGAGGUGGAUCUGGGCAUGUCAGAAAGCAGUACUGAGGUGGCUAGCAGGCAACUGGCAUACUUCUUCCCCACCUUUGAUUUUUCUUUAGAGACGCAUGCUGGAUCCAAUGCAAGGAUUGAAAAGACUCUUGCUCUUAUUCGUCCAAGUCUUCUCAGGGAGAAAAAAGAUGAGAUCUUGAAGACGAUCCAUGACUCUGGCUUCCAGAUAGCAAUGCAGAGGGAGGUAACCCUCACUGAGGACCAGGCCAAAGAGUUCUACAAGGAGCAUGAGGGCACUGACUUUUUCCCAUGUCUAAUUAACCAUAUGACCAGUGGCCCCGUGUUGGCUUUGGCUUUGACUCGAGAUGAUGCAAUCCAACACUGGAGAGGUUUACUGGGUCCAAAAGUCUUGGAUGAGGCCAAAGAAAGAUUCCCUGAAAGUCUGCGAGCCCAGUUUGCAAUCGACAAUGUGACCAUCAACCAGAUUCAUGGCAGCUCUACUCCCGAGGAGGCUCAGAGAGAUCUCAACCGCUUUUUCCCCACAGAGCACACACUGGCCGUGAUCAAACCUGACUCAACACAAGAACACAAAGAUACCAUUAUGAAUCAAAUUAAAGAGGCUGGGUUUAGUAUUUCACAAGUGAAAGAAACCAAACUGACACGAGAGAUGGCAGAGGAGUUCUACAAAGAUCACAAAGGGAAGGACUUCUUUAAUAACCUGGUUGACUACAUGUCACAAGGUCCAUCUAUCAUGAUGAUCCUGAGCAAAGAAAACGCUAUCGCAGAAUGGAGAGAGAUGAUGGGGCCUGCCGAUCCUGAACAGGCCAUGCAAGUCAAACCCGACUCUCUACGUGCACAGUUUGCCAAAAGCAUCUUGGAGAACGCCGUGCACGGCUCGUCCAAUGUCCAGCACGCCAUGGACAAUAUCAAGUUCAUUUUUGGGGAUAUACCGUCAUAA